UUUUGAAUAAUUAAGCUUGUACGCCAAUUCACUGCCAUGAUUGUUUAUCAUUUUCUCUCAAUCAUGCCAGCAAUCCUCAUCCCAUGUAGCUGCCCACCAUAAUCUCUUUUGCUUUCUGCAUCCGAAAUCCUCGCUUCGGGAUUAUAAAGCCACCACCAACUUGUUAUUGGAACAGUGAAGUUGUUGUAGCUAAUUGAUUGACUGCUGGCUCUCGUUGUUCUCGAUUCCCUUUGUCAGGCAAAAUUCUGAGAGUUUGUUGCCGAUAAAGAAAAUCUGCUUUUCGAUUACAAUGAAGUGGUGCACUGCCUCGGAUUGCUUCUGAUUGUCGGGUGUCCUUGAAUCGUAGUGCGUGGAAGAAUUCUAAGAGGUUUGUUGUCCAAAAGUCCAUUUUUUUUUUUGUUCAUCAUCGACAUGCUGGUUAUGCUCGAUUGUAGUUGUUAAUUUGUCCGUGAGAGAAAAAAUUCUUAGAAAUGGGAGGCGAUGAGCAGCUUUUGGGUGCGUAUCCCUUCUACUUUGGAGUUUCGUGCGCUUUUGUUGCCCUUGAUCUCGUAUCGAGGAAGAGGAGGGAGCUUCUUGAUGUCAAUGGCGGAUGGGGAUCUCGGUCAGCGGAGAUGAUGCUUAAGGGGAGUGCUCAGCUGCUGGGUUUGCUGGUGGAGAGAGCCCAAGCGAGGGGGGAGGCCAUGGAGAAGAAGCUAAAGAAGGCUCAUUUGGAGGUGGAAGAGAUGAAGCAGCGGAGAACGGAGGACGCCAAAGCAAACGAGAAGGUCGUAGCUAUCUUCGCUGCCCAUGAACAACGAUGGAUCGCGGAGAGGAAGAGCCUCCGUUUCCAGAUCCAGGCCCUGACCAACAGACUCCAGAUUGACAAGUCUAAGCACGACGACGCCAUUUCGACUCUGGAGAAGAGGGUUGAAGGAGAAAGCCGGGCGAGGAUGCUCAAAGAUGAAGCCUUGGAAGCGGAGGCGAGGAAGCGGAAGGAGUUGGAGGAGAAGCUACACUUGGCCGACGAGUUGCUCGAUGAAAUGACUGAUAGAGCUAAAAGGGCGGCGCAGGACCACUCAGCCGAGCUUUGGAAGCACAAGACCGCGUUCGCGGAGAUAGUCUCGAAGCAGCAUCAAAUGGACGCCGAGAUGAACCGCACUCUCCGGCAAGCGGAGGUGGCAAGGCAAGAGCUCGAGGAGGCUCUUGAACAGAAGGUGGAAGCUUUUGCUAUGAUCGAUAAGCUUUCAGAACAGAUUUUGAGGAUACAGAGGGAUUCCGAGCAAAAAGACAAGAUUUUGUCUUCGAUGCUGAGGAAAUUGAAGCUUGACGCAGCUGAGAGACAGACGCUUCUGAAGGAGGUUAAGCUUUCAAAGGCGAAAAAGAAACAAGCUGAAUUGGAGAUGGAGAGGUGGAGGAACAUGUGGGAAUCCUCCAGGAACAAGAAGUUCAAGGACAUUCAUUCUGUGGACACAGGAUCAUUGAGGAAUCGGAGGCUGGAAUUGGUGCCAGUGGGAUCCCUUGGGCAUAACUCCAUGAAUCUACUUCUUGAAGCUGAAGAUAAGAAAGAAGAAUCUUCCACAUCAACUGCAUUAAAGUGCCAUGAUUACUGCUCAUUUGAUGAAAAUGGUGAUGCUGAUUGGGUUCGCAAGGAAACAGAAAAGUAUGCAGCCAUCCUUGAGCAGAAACAUCGUGGAGAGGUUGAAGCAUUCACAGAGCAGCUGAGGCAGAAAGAUGAGGAGUUGGAAGCUUUUCGGUGGCAGCUUCUGAGCAUGGAACUUGAAACAAAGAGGCUGAGAUCCCACAUUGAAGACUUGAAUGGCAACUUAUCCCAUUUGAAGGGAAAAAAUGUCAAAAUGGAGGCCAGGUUGUUGGAUAAGGAACAGGAAAUCAAAUUAUUGAAGGAGCAAUUUAAUCUCCAUGUUCAGAACUCAGAAAGAAACAAUCUGUACUAUCUCCCCACACCUGAUGCUUGCCAGGCUCUUUGGUCAGAAGUAGAGAUCACAAAGAAUAAACAAAAAAAGGAAACAGAUGAUUCAAUGGCCAAUUCGAUUGGUGAUUUCCCCAAGACGAGCAGCAAGGCAAUGGGGUUGGAUGCUGGCAAUGACACAGAGGAAAGAGAAAAUGUACACACAGAGAUUAACAAAAGUGAUGCAGCUGAGCCACCAUCACCAUCCAAUUAUAAUUCACGGGAGUAUACUGAUGGGUUCAGUGAAAUGCCAUCCCCAGAACAAAGUUCAGGGAGUAGUUCUUCUGAAGACCAAGCGAAGAGCACGCCUGUGGUGUCCAGUUCCAAUGCUGCAGGCGAAGAGAUUGAAAAGAAAGAGAUGAACUUGGAGCUAGCUAAUAUUCAAGCCAACGCUAACUGCAAGCAAGAAGCUGAAACUGCAAAUAAGUUGUCGUUAAUCAAGACAUCCCUUGCAAGGGAUACUUCUUUGAAGAUGGAUAUCCAAGCUCUCGGAGUCUCCUACAAGAUCAAAAGGCUAAACCAGCAGCUGGUUGUGCUCGAAAAGCUGGCUUCUUCACCGGCAAUGAUGCAGAUAACAAAUAAUGAUCAAAACCCAAGCACACCUGACGUGUCUAGCGACAAGGAGACAUAUGAGAACAAGCAGCAGAACCAGGGCUUAUUGCUGGUGCAAUCUUUACUGAACAAGCAACUCAAGCGAUACCAGUCUCUUGAAGAAAAGACUAACAACCUGUGCAGCAGAAUGAACGAGUGUUACAAAUCAGGAGGCGGAAGAGACGUGCAGAAUGGCAGGACAAAGGAACAAAGCGAAACGCUUGCGCGCUUUCUGGAAGAAACGUUUCAGCUUCAACGGUAUAUAGUGGCGACAGGCCAGAAGUUGAUGGAGAUGCAGUCGAGGCUUGGCGCUACCCUUAAUGCUGCUGCUGCAAGACUGGAUGAGUCUGUUGGUUUCAAUAUAGAGUUGUUUGCAGACAUUGUCAGGACUCUCUUCAGAGAGGUACAAAGAGGCCUUGAGGUUAGAAUUUCUCGAAUCAUUGGAGAUCUUGAAGGAACAUUAGCUUUUGAUGGGAUUCUCCACAGAUGAAAUUGAAUGCGGAUGCUAAAAGCUACAUUUAAGCUAUGAGCAUUCUGUGAUGAUCUGAAAUAGUUCGGUCAAAUCAGAAUAAUUUUGUUGUCAUAUAUGUAUGUAAAAAGGAGCUAAACAAUUAUUGUUAUAAUAAUUGAUACAUUUUGAAA